AUGCUGGUCGAUCUGUGCCACCCCGCAAGAGCAACAUCGUCGCGUGCUGCAGAAGAGCGCCAGCAGAAGCGAGUGCUCAUGAUCGGCUCCGUGUGGCCCGAGUGCUCACCGUCGAGGCCCCUCUCGAAGAAAGACAGCUCCGCGGCGGGCGUGCGCUCGUGGCAGCUCAUUCGAGCGAUGAGGGAACAGGACUGGGACAUCCACGUGUGCUCUCCCGCCAAGCCGACCGCGUUCACGGACAGCCUCCGGCAAGGCGUGCACACACUGCAGGUGAGGGUCAACCACGACAGCUUCGACGGGGUGGUCGCCCAGCUCAAGCCCGACUUUGUCAUCUUCGACCGCUUUCUCAUGGAGGAGCAAUUCGGGUGGCGGGUCAGACAGGCCUGGCCCUCAUCGAUCUGCGUGAUCGACACGCAGGACUUGCACUUCAUCCGGCGGGAAAGGAUGAAGGCCCUCGAGCAAGGGAAGUCGAUGGAGGAGAUCGUUGACAUUCACAUACCACCGACUAGCCCGGACAUGCUGCGCGAGAUCUCGUCCAUCCGCCGCUCCGAUCUCACCCUGGUGGUGUCGUCGUGGGAAAAGGAGCUUCUGGUCCGCCGAUACGGAAUACCCGAGCACUCGCUGCAACUGGCGCCGUUUUACUAUGACGAGCCGCCAGGCCUGCAGGAACUGCCCGGCUGGGAUCGACGGCACAACUUCUUUAUGCUGGGCAACUUCAGGCACCCGCCCAAUUGGGACUCCUUCCACUGGACCUUCCACCACAUAUGGCCCCUCAUCAGAGCUCGCCUGCCCGACGCCAAGCUCCACGUGUACGGAGCGUACCCGGACAAGGCCUCGGUGCUCCUGUCCUCGGCUGACAAGGGAUUCGUGGUCAAAGGCGUCCUUCCACCGGAGCGCCUGCACUCUACGAUCCGACGACACCGCGUCAACCUGGCCCCGUUGCGAUUCGGGGCGGGCAUCAAGGGCAAGAUCGCCGACGGGUGGUGGUCCGGCUUGCCCUGCGUCACCACCCCAGUAGGUGCCGAGGGCAUGCAAAGCGUGACGGACUGGGGAGGUGCCAUCGGACGCACGGCCGAAGAGAUUGCGGACCGCGCCGUAGCGCUCUACUCCGACCAGGAGCACUGGAGCCGCGCGCAGAUGCGAGGCCGAGCGUUGGUGGAGGAGCUGUUCAGUCACAGAGUCAAUGCUCCGCAGCUCAUCCGUUCCCUCAACCAAGCCGCAGCGCGGGGAAGCAACGCCGCCCGCUUUGCCCAAGUUGAAGCGUUGGGCCACCUGGUGUUGGCUGACAUCGUGGUGGCUCCUGGGCCAGGCGAGAUGGACCUGGACCUCGCUUUGGUGUAUUACAACAGCAACAAAGCGAACGAGGCACGCGCCCUCCCCUCGCCGAGCGGAACGAUUGCCUAA